GGUUCGAUAGCCCUGAUAGGCCAUCGUCGCCUCAGUACGUAUUCUGAGCCUCUCCAUGUCGCCGAGGGUGUAACGGGGUGAGCUCGAGAGCUUAAAUGGUUUUAUCAAGUCCCUGAAGAGUUUACUACAACUUGAGGAGAAGAGAGCUUGCUACAACUUGAGGAGAAGGUUCCAAGCGGGCGACGCGUGCUCUUUUAGACCUCCCUGCCCUCCCCGUAGCUCCUUGGUUCCUAGGCGAGGCCAGUUUUCCCCUUCCACUCGUGGGUCGAAGGUUUCCAGUGGCGGUCGUAAGGUUCCCAACCUUGAGUAAGUCCCACGGAUGGCGAGAUUCAUAAAGUUUCGUGCCACCAAACUUGGAGUAUAAAAGGCACCAUUGCAACACAAAACCUGCUAUCAAAAUCUUUGCAUCUCCAUCACCAUCAAUCGUCGAACUACCUUCAUCAUGGCGAGCACCUUACUCUGGCCUUCCUUACCGAUGGAGAUACGCCUCAUGAUCCUGGAAUUACUUCCACAGGAACACCGUGCCCUGGCUUCUUAUGCUUCAGUCUGCAACGAAUGGGCGGAGUUCAUCGAGAAGAAGAACUUCGGUCGACUGAAGCUGGGAGCAUCUUCCCUAAAUAACUUGGAACACAUGGUCAGUCGACAGAGGAGCCUCGUAAGGCACAUCUGGCUGAACAUAGAGCUCCGACCAUACACCUGUCGAAGUUGUCAAUGGAUGGAGUCGGAGUCGUGGAUGUCAAGCAACAACACCAUCAUCAGUCGAGCGAUCUCGAAACUCUUUACUAUCUUAAGCACCUGGAACCCAGCCGGCGAUGGGUUGGCAUUGGAGCUUAGCGCACAAUCCCCUAGCGACACGGAACACUACUUCAAGAACUUUUAUUUCGGAACCGAUGACGAGGAUAAAGAUAUCCUUUUCGAUCCGAAAAACCAUCUGCAGGAAUUUAUACACGAUCCAAAACAUGGUUGGGUCGACGGUCAACAGGUUGCUGCUCCUUGCCAUGUUUCUUUGCGGCGACUCUACGAGGAGGUUCGGUUGACUUCCCGGGAAGAACUCCCUGUACUUCACGUGGUCACGAAGCUUGUACUACGUCGACAGUUCCGUCGUCGGCUUAACAUUAGAGCUUUGAGGCUUCUAUUAGACAAGCUUCCUCGACUGGAAUGUAUAGUCUAUGAGCCAUGGCAAGUAUGGGGUAGAAUGCAACAACGGUAUUAUGACAAGGAGUAUAAGACCAUGAUCGAUGCGCAUUUACCAAAGGGGCUCAAGAGAUUAUCAAUCUUCGAAGAUUACAACGACGACUUUAUCACAGUCCUUCAAGGAACGAUUGAUCAGACCGACCCUAUCCGGAUCGCGGAACCUACGGUCGGUGCGGCUUUUGCGUAUAGAAGCCUCGACCUCCAACAACUUUCCGUUUCAUUCAUGGUCGAUGCAUGGCAUUUCUUCCAAGCGCGUCAGCCACUAUGGACCUGGGGCCAGCUGCAGUCCCUCGUCCUCACGUCGCGACUACUCACUCAGGCGGAGGAUCGUUGGAAGGUUUCCAAUCUCUUGGAAGAUGCUGGGGCAGCUGCACUUCAAAUGCCGAAGCUGCACACUAUGGCCCUAUGGAACGGUGGGAAGGGACAAGCUUGCGCAUUUAUAUACCGUCGGGAUUUUGGGAAAACUUCGAUCGUCUGGCGUGGUACUUGGGAAAUGAACCUGGAGCCUCGUGUAAUCCGGGCCUGGGAAAGGGUCGUCUCCACGUUGGAGUAUACUACUUCAUACUCACUUCGGGUUGAAAGUCAACCGCUGUGUCCCGGUAUCAUCGGCUCCCAUGGCGACGCUAUUCAUCAGUUGGACUUGCCCAUUGGAGUGGUUGAUCCUACAUCCUUAUGGCAGAUACGGAGGGAAGGAUUGACAGGCUGGGGUAGAAGUGGACCAUAGCUUGGAUUGAGACUUCCCGAAUCCGAGUCAAAAUUGUACUUGUUACCACAAUUAUCCGUGAGGGUUUUGUAUCGGUCUUGCAACAAUGACGUUCUUCGGCGGUGUCGGGGCGCUUCUUGGAUACAUGGUGCAUGUACUGGGGGAGCUGCGGAGGUGUCAGCGAUGGCUGACAGCGCGGCUACGCGCACGAUUCCGGCGACUGGACGGGGCCGAGAUGGUCUCGAACUGGGCGGCGACCUCGACUGCAAGCCGCCGCGCCGAAGAGGAUGGUACCUCGGAGACAGGACGGUGGUGCGCCGUUGCGAGCUGGAAACAGCGAAUCAGCACGCGAAAACCGGCGUGGUCGGCA